AUGACUAACUCGGACCAGACACACGACACCAUGCCUCCAAGAGGCGGCCGCGGCGGUCGUGGCGCAAAGCGCGAAGUCGUCCAGGAGCAGUCCGACACGCCCGCUUCCAUCGAGACGCCCACCCGCAAGAAGAGAAGAGUAAGCUCGCCCACCCGCCGCCCGACGCGCUCGCACCCGCACCUAGUAACCGCCGCUCAGCUGAACAACAACGUCGACCCUGCGGAAUCGAGAGUCCCGACCCGCCCUCCCUCCGCCCAGAGCGACCGGACAAUAGGCAGCGAUGAUGAGGAUGAAGGCAAAGAGAAGCCCACCCCCGAGGAGCUCUUGACUCAGGUCGUCCCGCUACUCCGCGUCGCCGGCUACGUCACGAAUGCCCAGGUUGAGCUUUCCAACGAGCUGCAAAAGCGCGAUCCGGCCAUCGCCGAGAAGGGCAGCACUCAGGCUUACGCCAAGAUCGAGGGCCACAAUUGGGUCUUCUUCGCGAAGUCGACCCACGUCGUCAUCGGCAGAGGCGAGCACGGCUAUUCUGCACGCCAGGCGAGCGAGAACGGUGGUGGCACGCCCGGUCAGCAAGUCGGCAGCAGCUUCUACGGGCAGCAGGGCCCCACUGCUUCCGAAAAGGUCCACAUCGACCUGGGCCCCGACAAGCAGGUGUCGCGUAUCCACGCCUGGAUCGACUACGAGCCCGACGCGCGCUCAUGGUUCGUUCUCGUCAACGGCCGGAAUGGCCUGAAGCUGGACGACCGCACGCUCUCGCGCGGCGAGAAGGUCAAGCUGCACUCGGGUUCCGUGAUCGGAGUUUGUGGCACUGAGAUGAUUUUCGUGUGCCCUGGCGAGUCGAUCGAUGUUCACCCAUCGAUUAUCGCACGCGCCAGGCAGGGUGAGUCUGGCGAAGGCGAGGAUGGUCAGGAUGAGAGCUCGUUCCACCAGAUGAACAACGGUCAUGGAAAGAGUACUGGAUCUCAGGGAGGUCUUCCCCCAACUAGCGCUCCGUACAACGGUUCGAAUGCUCGCCAGCACGGCCAAUACAACCAGAGUCACUCUUACCAGGCCCACCCGCCUUCAUCGGGUCCUUUGGCGCCCAAUACUCCCAUUCCCUCGCGAACCAAGCAGUCUCCUAAAAUCAAGACAUCUCCCUCUGGAGCCUAUUCCCGUGGGGUUAUGCUUGAGAGCACGGAGCACAUUGACUACAGCGCCGACAGCGCAAAGGACUUGAAGCCCCCGCACAGCUACGCCCAGUUGAUCGGACAAGCCAUCAUGUCGUCGCCCGAAGAGCAGCUGACGCUGGCCAACAUUUAUGAAUACAUCAAGAAGCACUAUGCAUUUUACCGCUUCAGCGGCGGCGGAUGGCAGAACUCGAUCCGCCACAAUCUCUCACUGAGCAAGCAUUUUGAAAAGGUCGCGCGCCGCACGGACGAGCCGGGUAAGGGCAUGAAAUGGCGGCUGGUUCCGGAAGAACGGGAGAACUUUUUGAAGAAGGGCAUCCACACUCGCAAGACGCGCAUGGGCUCCUCCGGACCCAACUCGCCGGCGAUCGCUCAGGCUAGCGAGCGUUUGCACGGAGCCGUCACCGUCAACCCCGAUGUUCAGACCCCAUCCCAGCCCUCCAAGUUCCGAGUCAAGGAGUCGCCCCGCUCCGUUACCCCGCCGCUUACCAGCUAUCCAACGGCAAACGAAUCCUACACGCCCGAUCGCGGUCCACAGCCACAGCGCAAGCCUCUACUCAACAGCGAUCAGAUCUUCACCCCCAUCAACGACCGCAAGGUUACUUUCCCGCCCAUGCAAACUACAAAUUUUGGCCGCGCGCUGGAGCAAGAGAGCAAUAUACGCAAUUCGGGGGCCAUUAUCGACAGCAAGACCGAACCGGGUCCUACGCCACGCCCCCGCUCUUCUCUUGACUUGUCUUACUCGCCGCCGGCAACAAACGGCUACAAGACGGCUGGCCUGGAUCUCCCGGAGACCUUCAACGGCCUAGUCACGCCCCUUGUCGCCAAGAACAAGCCACACCUUGCCCCUCCGAGCACAGCCAAGAUGCCCAGCCAGUAUUGCUAUCUGAGUUCUCCUGCACCAUUCUGGAAAUUCGCCGACCUGGGAUCCACACCUGCGCGCCAGUACGUCGAUUUCAGUCCGAGUAAGGAAUCGAAGCCCUUCAACUUUGGAAACGACGAGGAGAAUGAAAAAGACGAGAUGGACGAUGACGAGGAAGAAGAGGAGGAGGAGGAGGUAGAAGCAGGCCCAGUUCAACCUAGCUCGCCGCCCGUCGUCAUGGGCGACACAGCAAGCCGAAGCCGAAGCCGGGAAGGAUCCAAUUCGGGAGAGGGAGACUCGCAAGAGCUUUCUCCAGCGACACCAACUCGGCCGAGCAGUCGCCGCUUCAACACAGCCGAGGAGGUUGCGGUGAAGAAGCAGCUGCCGACGCAGCUGGAGGGCGAUGACAAGGACGAAGAGGGCAUUGACCUCAUGAAGUAA